AUGGCGCUUGAUGACGGACACUUUGUGCAGUGCUACAACAAGGGCUGUGGCCUCAAAUUUGACCCGACCAUCAAUGAUCCCGAGGCGUGCACCUUCCAUCCAGGUCCACCCUAUUUCCACGAUGCCUACAAAAUCUGGAACUGCUGCAACAAGAAGAGCACCGACUUUGGAACGUGGCUUAGCUACAAGGGCUGUGCGAAAGGUCCACACAAUUCUGAAAAGCCCGUCGACGUGGUGAAGGUAUCGGCAACAAAGGAAAUCCGUCCUGAAAAGGAGGAAGAUGUCAUCGUGUGGAACGGUCUUAACAAGCCGGCCGAGCGUGGGGGGAAAUCUGGGGAGCCAGUCCCGAUCAAGAUGGAGACGACGGCCGGUGCCCGGGCCGCUAUUGAGCGAUUUAAUGAGCAGGUUGGCUCAAACUCCAACGAAGGCUUAUUGAAGGGUGCACCGUGCAGGAAUGCCGGCUGUAGUACGACCUAUGAUGGAUCGGAGAUGGACGGUUUGACUUGUGUCCAUCAUCCCGGAGUGGCCAUCUUCCACGAGGGCAUGAAAUACUGGAGCUGCUGCCGGAAGAAGACGAGUGACUUUGGCGCUUUCUUGGAGCAAAAGGGUUGCGAGACCGGAACCCAUUUAUGGACCAGGAACGAAAAGGUCGACAAGCUGCGCGAGGAUUGGUUUUCUUCGAACGGUAUCGUCACGAUAAAUCUUUACUGCAAGGGUGCUCUUCCCGAAAGUUUGCGCGCCACCACGGACGGCCUUUGCCUGAGUCUCUCCUUUGUACACGGAUUCGGCUCAAAGCAAAGCGAACUUCAAUACGAACUUUUCGGCGAAAUCUCCGCUUCGGAAAGCUUGAUUCGCAUCGGCGAGCGCAAGGUGGAAGUUAUCUUGAAACAGAGCGAAGUGGGAAGCUGGCCGAGGCUCCGCUACGAAGUUGCUCCUCCCGCGGGCGAAGAUGCCGAAAAU